AUGUCUAGCCGGCGGAAGGCUUCCACCCCCUGUAUGAUCCGACCACAGGAGACCAUGGUGGAGUUGGAGGAUGAUGAGGAGACAACAGAGAACCAUACUGAGGAGGCUGCUAUGGAGACAGAUCCAUCAGGUGACCUAGACCUGACAGGGAAGACCUCUGACUCGCCAGCAGCGCCUGACAUCCCAAUGUCAGAGUCUUUAGACAGUUCCAAGCCUUCACGUAAACAGCAAAGGGGCUAUGAGUGCAAGUACUGUACCUUUUCCACUCAGAACCUCAACACGUUUAAAGAACACGUGGAUGCCAACCACCCUAACGUCAUCCUCAACCCACUGUACCUGUGCGCCGUUUGUAACUUUAACACAAAAAAGUUUGACUCCCUGACAGAGCAUAAUGAGAGGAAUCACCCGGGGGAGAGCAACUUCAAGUUUAAACGUAUCAAAAUGAACAAUCAGACAAUCUUGGAACAGACAAUAGAGGGCUGCAGUAACAAUGCAGCAAUUUACAAUAGUUCCAGUGUCGUAUCUGGUAAAGCAGAGGGGCAGGGCACGGUGCCCCUCAGCAAAACCACUGCAAUCAAAAUCGGGAAACAAAAAGUCAUGUCUUCAGAAAAUAAAAGGACGGAGCCUCAGUUGUGUAAACUGAACCCUGACUUGACACAGAAAGCAAUCACAGCACUCAAUGUCAAUGGGACAGUAAUCAUCCCAGAGGCAACUCUCCUCAAAGCUGACGGCCUUUCUCACAUCAUGCCUUCCCUGCAGCGGCCUGUAAACUACACCCAGGUGCCGAAGAUCGCUAUUCCCCUCAACACAACCAAAUACAAUCCUUCUUUGGAUGACAACCUGACGCUUAUCUCUUCCUUCAACAAGUUCCCUUACCCAACACAAGCAGAGCUCUCUUGGCUUACUGCAGUCUCCAAACAUCCAGAGGAACAAAUUAAAGUCUGGUUUACCACCCAGAGGCUCAAACAGGGCAUUAGCUGGUCACCAGAGGAGGUGGAGGAAGCGAGAAAAAAGAUGUUCAAUGGUACAAUCUCCUCUGUGCCUCAGACCUUCACAGUUGUCACACCCCACCUUACCACUCAGUCAUCCGCCAACCCACCUCCAGUAACGACCUCAGCCACUAAAUCGGUGCAGCCCGCCGCUCCGGUCCUUCAGUCCGUCCCCUGUCAGCUCUUGGGACAGACCAGCUUGGUGCUGACUCCAGUAGCUAACGGCUCUGCUGUCACUUGUGCACCACUUGCACUCACGUUGGCUAAUCAGGUAGCUCAGUCACUUAAACGGCCUUUGGCCUCACCCUCAGCUGUCUCCGAGAGUAAACGACCCUCCAUCAUUCAAGCCAUAUCUGCGCCUGUUGCCACAUCCAAGAUGGGAUCGCCUAAAGUGUUAAAUUUCACUGCGGAUCCCAACAAAACAGCCGAGCAGUUAUCAGUGCUACGGUCCAGCUACAUGCAGUGUCCUUUCCCUGAGGAAGAAGAGAUCUACAGACUGAUCGAAACCACUGGGUUGUCCAGAGGAGAGAUUAAGAAGUGGUUCAGUGAACAAAGGCUCCUUAAUCUCAAAGGUGUCCCUCCGCCCCCAUUGCUAGUGAAAGCGGAGGUGACUCCGGUACCUAAAGAUGGACCCGUGAGAAAAGCGGUCCCGAGCCACUUCCCCCUUCUGGAGCGGGUAAAGGGGAAAUCCUCAGAUCAGCUGAAGGCACUUGAGGAGAGUUUCCAGAGAAGCAGCACUCCAACGGACACUCAGCUUGAUCAACUGGCCCAGGACACCAGGCUUUCCAAGACUGAAGUAGACUGCUGGUUUUCUGAACGCAGAGCACUGAGGGACAACAUGGAGAAGGCCUUGCUCAGCGUGACCACUAAAAACGCAGAUGACAAAGGCGACAAGCCAGGGGUGUUGCUUAAUGGUUCCUCUCAUCGCGAGCAGGAUGGGAAAACGCUCCAAUCAUCGGCCCUCCCACCUUUCCUUUCUUCGUCGUCGUCAUCCUCUUCUUCCCCUCCAAUACUUGCAGCUUCCUCCCCUCAUCCUCCAACCUUGUCUGCCUCUGCAUCACCACCCAUCCUUAAUUCAUCCUCCUCCUCUCCGCAUCCUCCUGUCCUCUCUGUGUCGGCGAACCCAGCUGCGAUUCCAAGAUGCUCUCUCACACUGCUCCGAAAGAUGUUUUGUCGGACCCAAUGGCCAACACCUGAAGAAUACAGCCAGCUGGAGGCACAAACAAGCCUGGGCCGCACUGACAUUGUACGUUGGUUUAAGGAACACCGCUCGGCUCUGAAGAACGGCGAGACUUUGGACUGGUUGGAAGUUUAUCAAAGCCAAAAAGAACAACAAAAAUCAGGACAAGAGCAGAAUGGAGACAGUUUUGACAAACAACAACACAGUGUAUCACCAGAGGGAAAUGUGGAGGAACCUGGUGAUAAGAAAACAGCAGCAGCAUCAAUGGAGAACUCCAAGCUGUCCAACCCAGAAGCAGUACAGUGGUUGACUGAAAAACUCACUCAUAGUGUGUCAGACCUAAGCCAGGCCAGGCUGGACCAGACGAGCUCCAACAUUGCUGAAAAGGGGAGGUGGGUUCAGGUGACUGUGGCUGUGGGUGAAGAGCGUGAGGGAGGAUUACAAAGACAGAAACUGGCAGCAGAUGCUGAUGUUUUGACCUUGGAGCAACCUGGCAAAGUCACUGGUUGA